AUGGCGUCAUUGAACAAUAAGAAAGUUGGUGUUGCAGCAUGUAUUAAGUCUGAUUCAACACACUGUACCAAAAGAAGCCGUUCUGAUUCAGAAACAGAUACGCUAUCGCUAUCUGAUGAUAGCACUGAAAAUGUGAAAAAACAGCGACCUUCCAAGAAAGGAAGCGAUUCUGACGACAGCAUUGCUGAGGAAAUUCGCACCUCUGCCUCUGCCUCUGGCGAAAAUGUAUCUGAGCAUGCUGAGAGCAGCGAUUCAUCUCAAAUUUCUGUGUUAACUAGAAUGGACACAGAAAGUCCUAUUUUCUUGGAAACUAUAAAGAAAAACACUUCGGAAUGGACAGAUCUUGUAUUGCCAAAUUUUAGAAUAAUAUUUGGGAGCGACAAAUUUGCACAAGCAGAUGACGUGUUUACAAAGGGUAUUCUGCAUUUGAUUGAAAAGGAAGCAUGUUCUGAAGUAUUAAAUUUCUUUUUAAAAGGUCGUACAGAAGAUAAAGAAAAAUAUGAGUGUUUUCGGCAUGCAGUUCUUAAUGUGUUUGACAUUGACUGUUGUCACAUUGACAAUAUUCAAGAAGAUGUCAUGUUAAAAUUGAACCAAAUCAUAGAAGAAGGUCAUUGGAUUGACAACUAUAUAGCCAUGGCUAAUUGUAAUCAACCACUUGUUAGAAGAAUUUGUGAUAGGGAUCUUUGUACAAAUCUGAAAACCUUUAUAUGGCAGCUUUUAUACAUGAUUAGAAAAAGGAAAGGAAACAAACCUAAGGAACUGUCUGAAGGAAUGUAUCAAGAACUGUUUGUCUCCUUUGCAAGAAUAUUUGGCCUAAAUAUUGUGAGUGGUUCAAAUGUUGAAAAAUACUCUUUGACAAUUGAUGAAAAAGACUUUGUUGCAAUACCAGAUGCAGUGAUAUGCCAUCCAACAGCCAUUGGGGAUGACAAAAUUUUUGCUGUUAUAGAGGUAAAAAAAUGCUGUCAAGAUGAAGAAAAUGAGCAAAUCAGAAAUCUAAGAAGCAUACAGAAAAGAGCGUUUGUCCAACAUGUUGGAUCUUCCCUGAAAGGCCAACAUUGUGGACAAUUCCUUUGUACCUUACCCUUCUCAGCCUUUGGAAAUCGUGGAAUGUAUGGAUUCAUUGUACAGGGAACACAGGUGACAUUAACAUCGUUUAAACCAGAAGAUGGUUAUUAUGAAAAUUUGUGUAAUGGAUAUUUACGCAAAAAAGAAGCUGUAGUUACAUGCAGCAAAGAAUAUAAUAUUCUUAAGAAAGAUGACAGAAAACAGUUAGUUGAAACAUUUUUAGAUUUUGAAAAAUUGCUGAAAUUUAUUUGCAUAAAAAAAUAGUUCUUGUCUGUCACCAAAAUUAUUGAUUCUUACAAAUAUGCAUACCAAUUUUAAUUAUAUCACUUGCAUGCAUUGACCACACAUUAUAUAAGUCAUCAUUCAUGUCAUUGUGCACUUUUAUUUUAUUAUUAUUUUGUG